GCGCCCAUGUUUUCUCCGCGCUGUGUAUGUAUAUGGAAUGUAAUGUUAUAGUGUGACAGUGAGCUGUUAAAGAGCUUCUAUCAUUGUUAACGACGCGACAAGAAUCCUCUUCGCGCUGUAGUUCUGGACGCGAGCCCGAUCAAAGGUCGAUGUUACAGCGCAGGUACACUGUGAGCAGAGCUGCUGGCACUCUUUAACUCCAGUGGUCCAACUAACUUACCGUGCUAGGUAUCGCUGGGGCGAGGCUUUGACACCAUCUCUCGAAAAUGAGUCAGAAAUGAGUCUCUAGCGUUCACUGGUCAGAUCGGUCGCGAGCUCUUCUUCUGCUGGCCCAAACACAAGACUGACAAUGCCUAAGCCUAUCAAUGUCCGUGUCACCACAGUGGAUGCAGAGCUGGAAUUUGCAAUCCAGUCGGUUACAACGGGCAAACAGCUCUUUGAGCAGGUGGUGAAGACGGUGGGUUUGCGUGAGGUCUGGUAUUUUGGCCUGCAAUACACAGACACCAAAGGCUUUCUGACAUGGCUGAAACUGGACAAAAAGGUGUCUUCUCAAGAGGUGAAGCAAGAGAACCCUCUGCAGUUUAAGUUUCGGGCCAAGUACUACCCUGAAGAUGUGGCUGAGGAGCUGAUUCAGGACAUCACAAAGAAGCUUUUCUUCCUGCAAGUGAAGGAAGGCAUCUUGAGCGAUGAGAACUACUGCCCUCCAGAGACAGCCGUUCUGCUGGCUUCCUAUUCUGUUCAGGCCAAGUUUGGAGACCACGCACCGGAAACCCACAAACCUGGAUACCUAACGACCGAGCGGCUUCUGCCUCAGAGAGUGCUUGACCAGCACAAACUCUCUAAAGAGCAAUGGGAGGAGAGGAUCCAGAUUUGGCACGAGGAGCACAGAGGCAUUCUCAAGGAAGAUGCCGUGCUGGAGUAUCUAAAGAUCUCACAGGAUUUGGAAAUGUAUGGCAUCAACUAUUUCGACAUCAAGAACAAGAAAGGAACAGACCUGUGGUUAGGCGUAGAUGCUUUGGGACUUAACAUCUAUGAAAAAGAUGACAGGUUGACUCCAAAAAUUGGAUUUCCUUGGAGUGAAAUAAGGAACAUCUCAUUCAGUGACAAGAAGUUCAUAAUCAAACCCAUUGACAAAAAAGCUCCCGACUUUGUGUUCUAUGCAUCUCGUCUGCGCAUUAACAAGCGCAUCCUGCAGCUGUGCAUGGGAAACCAUGAACUUUACAUGCAGCGCAGGAAACCUGAUACUAUUGAGGUGCAGCAGAUGAAGGCUCAAGCCAGGGAGGAGAAACACCAGAGACAUAUGGAGAGACAUGACACAGCCCUGAGCUCUGAGCUGGCCGAGGCGCGAGAUGACUCUAAGAAGACUAAGAACGACAUUCUGCACAAUGAAAAUGUACAAGCCGGGAGGGACAAGUAUAAGACGCUGCGUCAGAUCCGCAUGGGCAACACCAAGCAGAGAAUAGAUGAGUUCGAAGCCUUAUAAUGGCUGAUAAAUUCUCCAAUAAACCUCGAUUAACAGCAGCACUUGCUGUUCAAAGGUGAAUUGAUCUAAUUGCCACAAAUGGCCUCAUUUGUCCUUGUCAUUGAAAAGACUGGAUUAUUUACCCAGUCUAUACACACUACACAAGUAGUGUAGGGUUUUUUUCUGACAAAUAUGGAAAACACAGUUAUUCAAGGCACUAAAAUGAUAUGUGUAUGUUGUUCAAGUUUGCCUUGAGAACACUCUUGAGAUCUUAUUUAUGCCAAUUGUGCCAAAGGCUCUGGCUUGAGAAAUCAUGCCAUCUUGUAUGGGAACCUUUUUAUUAGUGCUAACUUAAGAUCUUUUGCAUUCAAAAUGUGGUGCAGCUUCAUGUUGUGUCCUGAAACACAUCACUUGCUCACAAAAUGGAGGUUUUAUGUUUAAAAAGGCU